AUGGCCUCCGAAGCCCGCCUCUACACGUUCUCCCCCGAAACCCGCGAGGCCCUCCGAAAAUUCCGUCUGCAAACCUCCCGCCACAAGGACCCCCAAGCUAUCAUCUACAAAAUCGACCGCAAAAGCCUAGAGAUCCUCGCCGACGACGACAGCGAGGUGUACACCUCACUCGAGACGCUCGCCGAGGAGCUGCCCGCCAACACGCCGCGCUUCGUACUGCUCUCGUACCCGCUAGACCUCAAGAGCGGGCGCAAGGCCGCGCCCUACGUGCUGCUGUACUACAUGCCGCCCACGGCAAACAGCGAGCUGCGCAUGCUGUAUGCGGGCGCCAAGGAGCUGAUGCGCAACACGGCGGAGGUGGGGAAGGUGUUGGAGGUGGCGGGGGAGGAGGAUGUGAUCGGUGUGGAGGAGGUGUUGAAGAACUGA